GUUUUACCAGAAAUGCAGGCAGCUUGGUUUCGUUUUUGUUUAAGAAUAACAUUGCAACACAGCUGAUACCUGCAAGGCGAAGAAGAAGCAGGGAUAUUAAAAUAGAAUAGAAAAAGAAAUAGAAUAUAUAGAAUAACAGCAGCAGUGACAUUGGGGUGAAAUCAUUAUAGAUAUUUAAGUUUUCCUUGUGUCCUGGUUAGCCUUGUCUGUCUUUGGAAAUGGAAGAUACUUUUUUUGUGGUGGCCAUUGACUUUGGAACUGCAUAUAGUGGCUACUGCUUCUGUAUCAAGGAUGAAGUAUCAAACAUCAGAAAUCCUUACUGGGGUAUGGAGUAUGGAUUCAGACUCCCGAAAACUCCAACUUGCAUUUUGUUCAAUGAAGAUCAAAAGUUUGUGAAGUUUGGCUUUGAUGCUGUUAUGACCUACAAGCAGAUGCCUUCUAAAGAAGCUUUGCGUUUCUACUUUUUUGAAAAUUUUAAGAUGGAGCUCUACAACAAGAUGCAUUUAAAAAACCUUUUAAUCAAGGCUAAGAAUAAUAAACCCCUUCCUGCACUGAUUGUGAUUUCUGAGAGCCUUCGCUUUCUGAAGGACCAUGCUCUGAAGUUGAUCAAUGAGUCCAGUCUGGAGGUUACAUUCUCUGAAGAGGACAUCACGUGGGUCCUGACUGUGCCAGCUAUCUGGAGACCUGAUGCCAAGCAGUUCAUGAGGCAAGCAGCUAAACAGGCAGGACUGGUUAAUGAAAUCAAUUCAGAAAAGCUCCUCCUAGCUCUUGAACCUGAAGCAGCAUCCCUGUGGUGCAGGCAGUUACCCAGCUCUGGAUUUGUAGCUGAAAACAACAGUGGUGCUACCAUUCAGAAUGCCCCAGGAACUCAGUAUGUGGUUGUGGAUUGUGGAGGUGGCACCAUUGACAUUACAGUUCACGAAGUGCUGGAAAACAACCAUCUGAAGGAGAUUCAGAAAGCUUCUGGUGGGGGUUGGGGAGGAUCAUCUGUAGACAGAAACUUUAUUGUCUUUCUGAGAGAGCUGUUUGGAGCUGAUGUGUGGGACAUCUUUGAAAAGCAGCAUCCUUCUGAACUACAGAAGAUGAUGUAUAAUUUCUCCAUUCAGAAAUGUAUUGAAAAGACGGAUAUUUAUUUCUCAUGUGUUUUUAGUUUAGCAAAAUUGGCAGAGCAGAAAAAGGAGAUAUCAUCAUUUUUCGAAGGUAUAGAUGGGGUCAAGUGGUGUGAUGGAAAUAUUAACAUUGCCUAUGUAAAGCUGAAGAGCUUUUUUGAAGACAGUCUAACAAGCAUUAUUGAUGUAAUAGAAGACAUUAUAAAACAGCCAGAGGUCCACAUAGAUUAUAUUUUGCUGGUAGGAGGCUAUGCAGCCAGCAAGAUUUUACAAGAUAAAGUGAAUGAAAUGUUUGGAACAAAAUGUAAAAUCAUGUGCCCCAUUGACUCCCAGCUGGCCAUUGCAAAGGGAGCAAUUCUCUUUGGUGUAGAUCCCAAAAUAAUUACAUCUCGAGUGAGUGCUCUCACUUAUGGCCUGGGAGUGUCUGAAAAAUUUGUUGCUUACAAACAUCAUUGGAAAAAGCGCAGAGUUGCCGCAAGUGGAUUUGUUUAUUGCACGGAUGUCUUCAUGAAAUUAGUUGAAAGGGGUCAGUGUGUUGAGCAAAAUGAGGCAGCAGAGUAUUGCUUUAAUCCGAUAGAUGGGGAUCAAGUAGAAGUUUUAUUUUCCUUCUUUUCUACAGAAAAGGAAAAUGCCCAAUAUACAGAUGAUGAAGGAGUAAAAGAAGUUGGGUCUAUUAUUGUACCGAUACCUGGUAACAUUUCCAGUAAAGAACACAGAAUCAAAUUGGAAAUCAAUUUUGGUUUAACCGAAAUAAAGGCCACAGCAACUGACCUGAAUACUGAUAAGACACAGAAAAUCACUCUAGAUUUCAUGACAAAGUAAAAAAUGUGAAUAUGUUCACUGCAAGAAUUAUGUGCAAAAAAUAUUACAUGUUGCUUAAAUGCAUUAAUUCAAAUUGAUUAAAAGGAUUAAUAUAUUUACAGUGGCAGAACACAUUAAAAUAACCAACAAUUAUUUUAUUCCAAAAAUUCUUUAAAAUCUCGCUUUUCUAAUCAUUACUUUAAGCACUUUUCUUGGCGGGUAUUGCAAUGCAAAUUUUUAGAGCAAUUUUUUUAACAGUCCCAUUUAAAGGAAUACCCCACCCAAACAUAUUUUUAAUUUGUUACUCAGCCUCGUGUAUUUUGUAGUAAUCUCUUAGAUUUUUGUUGUUUUGAAACCAGUUUUCAUUUGGUUUCAAAAAAGAGGAAAAAUGUAACAAAGUAAAACAUUUUCAUAUAUAAAUCUGUACCCCUUCCACCCCAAGUAAUUCAUCAUCCCAACCAACCCCGGCACCCAUAAAGUUAUGCAAAAGAGUAAAAUUUAAAUUAAGAAAAGACACAUGUCACUGAUAAAGCCCAGAUAUCCACACAUCAGGCUGAGCAAGAAAAAAAUAAAAUUUACAAAUUAAGUUGGAUCAUAGGCUUGCUGUCAUCCAUGACUUAAUCAAUUGGAUAUAGUCUUUCCACCUGCUGAUGGUUUGAGCUGCUACACCAUUGAUCCAUGUUGCAGACAGAACUAGGUUAUUAAAAGAGAACCAGAGAAAGUAAAAUGGUCAGGACUCUUCCAUUGAGAAGCUGUAAGAACUUUCGCUACUAUUGAAAUUGCUAUUGAAAUAAUGCACUUUUGAUGAACAGAGAGAAGGAGUAGAGAAACCUAAAAGGAGUAGAGUAAUAGGAGAGUAAGGAAUAGUGACUUAUAAUGGGGAAGAGCAUGAAAACAAUUGAGGCCCAAAGAACUGCAACAGUGGGACAUUCCCAGAAUGUGUGGAGAAAAGCACCCAAUGAAUUAAGGGAAUAGUGGUGGCAGAGUGGGUCAGUAGCUAAACCCAUUACGAAACAUUUGGUAGGAUAAGGAUAAACUCUAUGAAAAACUUUAUAUAGGAUGUCUUGAAGAUUAGAAUUUUGGAAGAAAUGUUUUGUUUUUAAAAAAAUGUGUUGACAGGGAGAAUCACAGAGGCAGGCAUAUGAAGAGGAAAUGCAUUAAGUGAAAAAUGAAGACACAAAAGAAUAGUCAAAUAAUUGAUGGUUGGGAACAGGGGCAGAAAAACCUAUUCCACACUUCCUGAGAAUGACUUUAAUCUUUAAAUAGAAAAAGAAAGAGGAACAAGGAAUUUUAUAUUUAUUUUUAAGAAACCUGAAAAUGGUGAAGAAAAGUUUCAAACCUAAUGUUUUCAUGUAGAAUAGAGAUAACAGUUUCUGAUAGAAUAAAUGUCUUUGGUGUCCAACAUGGGAAACAGCAAAUAAUAUCAAAACUGUCCACGGACAAAUCUGUGCAUUGUUCAUGUCGCAUAAUCCAUCUGUUGGGUUAUAGAAACAUCCAUCCAUCCAUUUUCCAACCCGCUGAAUCCGAACACAGGGUCACGGGGGUCCGCUGGAGCCAGUCCCAGCCAACACAGGGCGCAAGGCAGGGAACCAAUCCCGGGCAGGGCGCCAACCUACCGCAGUUAUACAAACAUGCUCAUAACAAAUUAAUUUUUACUAUUUCCAAAAAGCAUUCUUGUGAACAAAAAUGGAAUGCGAACAUUUUAAUAAGAACAUGACAACAAUCUUAACAACACAAGGCCAUUCAUUCUAACAAAGCUCACCAGUCUUAUCCACUCAGUUCCUCUAAAAAAAAAAUCAAGUCUAGUUUUAAAAGCCCCUACUCAUACUGUCCACCAUACUACUUGGUAGCUUAUUCCAUGUAUCUGUGGUUUUCUGUAUAAAGAAAAGCUUCCUAAUGUUUGUGUGAAAUUUACCCUUAACAAGUUUCCAAAGGUAUCCUUGUGUUUUUGAUGAACUCAUUUUAAAAUAACAGUCUCGAUCCACUGUACUGAUUUCCUUCAUAAUUUUAAACACUUCAAUUAUGUCUCCUCUUAAUCUUCUUUUGCUUAAACUGAAAAGGCUCAGCUCUUUUAAUCUUUCCUCAUAAUUCAUCCCCUGUAACCCUGGAAUGAGCCUAGUUGCUCUUCUCUGGGCUUUUUCUAGUGCAGUUAUGUUGUUUUUGUAGCCUGGAGACCAAAAUUGUACACAGUACUCCAGAUGAGACCUCACCAUUAUAAAGCUUCUAAACCUUCUUGGGCUUGUACUCCACACAUCGUGCUAUGUAACAUACAGUAACAUUCUGUUAGCCUUCUUAAUGGCUUCUGAACACUGUAUGGAAGUUGAUUGUGUAGAGACCACUACAACUCCUAAAUCCAUCUCAUAAGUUGUACUUUUGAUUUUCAGACCUCCCAUUGUGCAUUUAAACCUAGCAUUUUUACUUCCUACGUUUAAUACUUUACAUUUAUGGACAUUAAAUUUUAUCUGCCACAAAUCUGCCCAAGCCUGUAUGCUGUCUAAGUCCCUCUGUAAUAAUUCAAUGGAUUCCAGAUUACCUGCCAAUCCACCUAUCUUGGUAUUAUCUGCAAACUUAACCCUUUCGGCCCUGGAUUUUCUGUUUUUAUUUGAAAAAUUAUUUUGUGAGAUAUUCUAACUUUGGGGUGUCUAGGAAGCUCAAAAAUGAAAAAAAAAAAAUCGCUAUUAUAAUACAAUAACUGCCAAAUACUCCAAUCUUCUUGAUGAAAUAAAACUGAAAGUGGAGCUACUUACUAUGUGGUGCGCACAGUCCGGAAGCAUCCAUUUUCAUUUCCGUGUUUCAUGAACUGUAUACCAGUCUCUCCAGUCUGUGCUAAUAGUAGCACGCCUGGUUCCAACGGCUGCAAACAUACCUGUGCUUUACAAAAAUGGCUACAUAUUUAUGUACUAGCAAUAGGAUGUCAGGGCCGAAAUGGUUAACCAGCUUGUUACUUAUAUUCCUAUCCAAAUCAUUUAUAUACAGUAAAUUAAAAAUAGCAGCGGCCUUAGCACUGCCCCCUGUCAAACACCACUCUUAACAUCAGCCAAUUCUGAUAAGGUUCUUCCUCGCACCAUCACCCUCUGCUUCCUGUGUUUGAGCCCAUUUUGCACCCAUCUACAAACAUCACCCUGAACUCCCACUUCUUUUAGUUUGAUGCCCAACCUCUCAUGUGGCACCUUAUCAAAUGCUUUCUGAAAGUCUAGAUGAAUAAUAUCAUAUGCUCCACUUUGAUCAUAUCCUGCUGUUGAUUCCUCAUAGAAUUCCGGCAUGUUGGUAAAACAUGACCUCCCUCUUCUGAACCUAUGCUGACUGUUCAGUAAACCUCUUGUUCUUGCCAUGUGUUGCUCAACUUUAUCUGUAAUAAUUCCUUCCACUAAUUUUUAUGUGAUGAACAUCAAGCUUAUUGUCCUAUAGUUGCUUGAAUCUGCCGGGUCACCCCUUUUAUAUAACGGGAUAAUAUUUUCCAUUUUGUAGUCCUUCGCAAUUUCCCCUGUGUGCAGUGACUUCCUAAUUAUAGGCUUUCCUCCAGUCAUUACAUUUAUAUUGAUAAUCCACAACUGGAGCAUGUGUGGAUUAAGAUGUGCUCUCUGAAACUAAACACAUGAAUUGCUUAUUGAACCAUCUAAGACAUGCGCAAAUACAAGGCAUAUUGUCUUCCUAAUAAUGUUUUCACUCUCUUUUCUUUAAUUGUUAAUCUUUAGUUGUACAUGUCUCUUAGAAAACUAGCAUUGCUGAUAUCAUGUGAAGUGCAGCCAAUGAAUAAGAUGUUACUAAUCCGGAUUUGGGACCAGUGAAUGAUGGGAGGCUGCUGUUCAGUUGAAAUGUUCACUAGAGUUUGAGCACAUUCUGUUUUAAUUCACAAGUGCAUUUUACCAUAGUUACUUAUUGAACAAUAUUGUAAUAAAAGUAGAUGUAUUGGGGAAACGUAAGCUUGGCAUGUGGAUUAUGAAUGUUUUGUAAUUGUUUGGUCUAUUGACGCCAAAAUUGUCAGAAACUUUUUUAUGUCUGUUUUGCAUGAAAUCAAUAAAUUAAAAUUUUUUCUCAGCCAUCUCUAUAAACUAUGUGGGAUAAGUAACAUAUAAAAAACAUAGUUUUGGGGUGCACUAUUCCUUUAAUGUUUUAAAAGAUUAUCAGCAAUUAGUGUGAAAAAAAAAAAGAUUCUCAUUGAGCUAUCAUAGUGGGUUUAGGAAAUGAAUGUACAUUAUUCAUAGACAGGAUGAAUCUGAAUAAAAUUGACCCUCAGUGAAAAAAGGCUUUGAACAAAGAAGUAAUGUACAAUUCAGCAAGUUUAUUCGCUGAUCAACUGCAUCUCCUGAAGAAGUCAGUUAACCUUCCAGCACUCCAAGAAUUGAUUCAGUAACAAUCACACAUCGAGAAUAGACUGCCCUGCUCAAUAGCUCAUAAUUUCAAAUUUAAGAAUUCAUUUACGACAUUUAAUGGGAAAUGAAAAGUACACUAAGGUGCUGAUUUGCAACUAGUAUGGAGAAAUUAAUUCUAUGAACAAACAGAUUACCAGAAAAUUCUAAGUGUGUCUAUGCUGUUUAUUUUACAUUUUUAAAGAUUUUCUCUUCUUCGUUUCAGUCCAGUUACUCUGGUCUUUCACAUCUCAGAAAUGUUUUUAUUUUAUUCAUUGGUGAAUAAACUGGCAAUCUGUGAGUUUAUGUCAGUGUGUGUCAUGCUAUCAACUAGGAUUCCACUCAUCAAUUUUGUAUUAAAUAGAUGUCUGGGUUGGCACUGGUAACCUGUGGUUCUGUAAUGAACAAUGUAGGAAGUAAAGUGAUGGGUGGUUUACUGCAGGAUUGCAGAACCUGGCCAGUCACAGGGAAGGAUGGAUGGAAUUGCAGUUAUGUUUUCUUUAUAUUUGUUAAUAAACACUGUUAAUAAAUG